UGAUGUCAUACGUGAAAUUACAGACCAUGCGCAUUGGUCAGAACAAUCCGCCAUGUUGUUUCAUCGUAUAUGAAAGAAUCGAUUGCGGAAUGUGAUAUGAAAGACAAUAUUGCUACUAAUGUAGCAAAUUUAUAUCAGCCUUGCUGUGGAUGUCCUCAAAAGGCUUCAAGCAAUACAUGUUCAAAUAUGACCUGAGUACUUGCAGAAAUUAACUGAAAGAUUCAGAUAUUAGUGCUAGGCAUUUGAAACACUCACACACACACACACAUUACAAAAUGGAAGUAAACAAUACUGUCAAGGCAUUAGACAAUCUUGACUCAACUUUGAAGAAAUUUAAUGAACAAAUUGAUGGGGAUAAAACUUCUGACACAAACAAAGACCCUGAACCAGAACAAAACGACAAGGAAAAGGAAGAUGCCUCCGAAAAUGAAAAAGACAAGGAUGAGAAGGGAAAUGAAACAGACACUGAUAAAGGGGCAACAGAUACAAAGAAAACAGGUGAUCAAGAUAAUGUAAAAGACAAUCAGAAACAAACAUUUGAUCAGUUCAAUGUUAAACCACCAAGGGGUGAGGAGAGUUCUGCUGAUAAAUCUGCUAGUACAGCAGCAAAACCAAGGAGACCUUCAGCAGAAGAAAUAGCUAAAAAUUGGCAAGAGCUUGGUGUUAAAAGGUGCAAUAACUGCAGGUUUACCACGGAUGAUACAGAACUGUUCAAGCAGCACUGUACAACAUGUCUGUCUGUAAAAUCGACAGGAAAUAUCACCUUUACAUACAAAAAUGAGGAAUUUAAGUGCAAUACCUGUAAUGAAGUGUGGAAAAUCAAAGCAGAGUUUGAAGAACAUAUUGUAUGUCAUCUUCAGGACUGGCCGUAUGUCUGUUUAACUUGCCAGAACAGAAAAUUUCCUAGUCGUCAGUUGAUAGAGAUACAUACUAAGACGGACCAUCCAGAGGGUAAUGCCAGAUGUGGACUGAAAGGAAUGAAAAAUGGACGAAAAUAUUGUGAGGAGUUAAUGCAGUUGGGAACAAUUAGUAUAAAUGGAAAAUUAGUAAUACCUAAGACCCCUAAAAAUCAUGCUAACCAAAUAGUUUCUAAAGAACUGAUCAAUCAAAAGCAAGAAAUGAGCUCAAAGGUUGAAAGUUUUGCCAAUGCGGUAAAAAGUGUGGCAAUAGGUGGAAUAAGUGUGAAUAACCCAACAAAUACUGCUGUUCUGCCAUCGCAACUUACAUCAGAAUCUAUAGUGAUAAGUCGGCAUCCAGUAUCUAUUGUAUCAGGUGCCACAAUUCAUCACAGACCAGUUCUGAUAAAUAUGAUAAAGCCGGCACAAGCUGUUCCUGGAGUUUCACAAGUGAUAACAAGUAAUGCUAAUCCAACCAAAAUAGUAACACCUAUAACCUCAGCAUUAGCAUUACCAGUAAUACUUCAAGCUGCUACAACUACACCAAAUGCAAGUGUUGAUCACAACCCGACAGUUGUAAACGAUUCUGAUGCAGAAGUUAUUGCUAAUAGGCCCAUGCCUCCAGCAAGGACAACUGUAACUUUCCAAACUAUAGCUCCAUAUCCAUAUCAAUACACUUCUAAAGGAGGCACUCUCACUCGUGUUUCACCGGCAGAAGAAGCAAAAUCCAAACAUUUGGAUACUUUGUUUGGUCAAAUUAACAGGUCUACAAAUGUAAUGCAGCCUACAUUUAUUUCACAGAAAAUAAAAGACAUUGCAAAUCCGUUGGCAGGAGAUUCAAACAGAACUCAAUCAGAAGCAUCAAGAAAGGAGCCAAUACCUUAUCAAUUAAAAACAAUUACGGAAUACACUUGCACGCAGCCAACAAAAACAACUUCUUCUACUGUCUCCUCUUUGCCUCAACAAAAUGUUUUGCUUGUGCCUGUGGGACAGCCAGUCAAUAUAUCACAACAAGGUCAAAUUUUGAAUAAUAUGUUUUAUCAGCAAGCAAGAAGUACAGGUAAUUUUGUCCCAAUCCAACCUUUACCUGUAAGUAUAGGUAGCAAUGAUACCAAUUUAAGAAUGCAGCAACCACCAAGCCAAACUACCCAGAGACUUCCAUUUAAUCAAAUACCCCAAAUGCUUGCCACAAGUUCAGCUACAACUGUGAGAAAUGUUAACAAUACAUCAGUUAGAAGUAGUCUACAAAAUACUACUGUAAAUUUUGGUACAGUACAGUCAUCAACAAGACCAGUGGUGCUACCUCAAGACAUAUCUGGGAAAAACCUUAAUGUUCAACAAAGUUUGGAAACACCGAUUUCUUUUGUAAAUGACAUUCUCACAAUCCCUAAGAAGUAUCUUUUCAAAAUUAAACCGGGCAUAGGGUUUGUUUGUGAAGCGUGUAAGAAAUGUACCAGAGAAGAGUAUGUUUUCAGGAGACAUGUUUGGGAACAUUUUCAUCGGGAACCAUUGGCUUGUAAAACAUGUUCUCCAGAUUGUAUAGCAUCUAAAAAUAUAUUAGAUUGUAAACUUGUAAACAAUAUUGUAUGCAACCUAAUCAGGAGGUCAACACAAGAUAAUUUAGAAGCAACUGCAAGAAGUCAUAAAGUUAGUAAAGUUGGUGAAAAAGAGGUUAUUGACAUAACUGAUGAUGACGAAAACCAGGAGGAUGACCAACAAGAUCAAAAUUUACUAGCUACUGAGGUAAUUGUGCUUGAUGAUGAAGAUGAGAAUGGGGAGACGCAAGGUCUUCAGAUUCGUAUAAGUAAUACAUUUAGCUUGUCAAGCCCAAAUAAUUUAGAACCAAUGGGUAAAAAAGAUGCUCAAAGUAAUAAUGAAACCACAUCUUCAGAUUUACAGAAUAGAGACAAGCUAGAUGAAGGAAACAAACAAUCUGCUGUUAAUGGUCUGAUAUCUGAUACAAGUCAACCAAAACAGAGCGGUAAUGGUGAUACAGUUGCUGAUUUACAAAAUUCUCAGAAACAGAAAGACACGGGUCAUGAUAAUAGUGAAGCACCUGAAAAUACAAAUGAUGGUAAGCAGUCACCAGACGUUAUUGUAGGAGAGGAAGAUGAUGAAGGUGAAUUAAAGGAUGCACAUUUACUUGAUCAAUCUUUGUCUGAACCAGGUAACAAUUCCAAAGAAAUAGUGUCCAAAGUUUUAGAAACAAACCUGAAAGUAUAUGAUCCAUCAGUAAAUGAAUCAAAAGACGACGAAACCUUUGAAGAAGUUAACCAGAUAAGUAAGAUGUCUUAUAAUUAUAUGCAAUCAGAUGUUUCUUCAAAGACCCAACAAGAAGACCAGGAUGAAAACUUAAACCUUGUUAAUAAGACAAUUUUUGAUACAGAAAUCUUAUCAAAACAGAGCCAGCAUGCUUUCUACGUUUGCGGCUAUGAAAACUGUACGUACACAGGAUUGAGUUCAAUUAAAUACAGGGAGCACCUCCAGUCAAAGCAACAUGAAAGAGAGUAUAACUAUGUGUGCGGACACUGUGGUCAAAAGGAUUACACGGAAGAUGCCCAUGUCAGACAUAUUUUUUCUCACGCAAAUGCCAAACGGUUCCUGUUAUACAAGUGCCCAAUGCAUUUGUGCAAAUAUAAAACGAAUUUACUACACAUGUAUACUUGUCAUUUACGCGCUCAUCCUAAUGAAGAGCUGAUAAUUAAGUGCAUCUAUUGCCAUAAAAUGUUUCCCUCAAUAGAGAGCUUGGAGCAGCAUUUGAAGCAGAAUCUUCUUAAAUUUGUGGUUUGUCCAUAUUGUUCAUUCAAAUUUGUAAACAAGCAUACUGUAAUGUUGCACAUACGAUUCUUUCAUCCAGAUAAAAUGCGGAUGGUGUCAGUGACUAGUCAGGUUGUUUGCAACGAAAGGGAAAUUAACUUCUAUGUUCCUCCAAAAUCAAAGGCUCUUAACGAGCCUUGCUUAAAAGAGAAAGAUUUAGAAGAAACUGGAGCAAUUGAUUUUCCAGCUUUACUAAAUGAUUUCCAGAAAGAAAGUUGUGCUAAAGAAAAGCAUGCCAUGGAACAGAAUUUAUUGGGAAAAGAAUCUGAAAAUGGAGAUGGGGACGAUGCAUUAAGUCUGCCCGAAGAAGAUCAAUGCGACUUUAAUAAAGAAAGUGAAAGUAAAGAACCGAAGGGUCAUCAAAAGGAAAUAGCCGACAAAAAAGUUACAAAGGGGAAGGGGAAAACGGAUACAUAUUUCAAAGGAGGACCAAAGUCUUUGGAAUGCCCUCAUUGCUCAUACUUAAGCUACAACCAAUCUCUUCAUGCUAAACACAUAUCAAUUCACGAUACAGAGCCAGAAAGAGAAAAGAGAUUUGUGUGCAAUCUUUGUCCUAAAGGAACUGAAGGCUUGUCUCACUUUAUAACCCAUGUUAAAAAUCAUGUAGGAAAGAAUACAAUCAAGGUAUUUUGCUGCACGACAUGUUCGUAUUGUUCAAAUCAAAAACGUCAUAUAAUGGAUCAUGUUAAAGAUGCCCAUGCAAAAGAAGCUCUUUACACUUUGAAGGAGGAAGUCAUAGAAAGUAAUCAUUUUGAAUGCAAAUAUUGUUCCUUCAAAGCAAGGACUACAGAACAAGUUACCGCACAUGAAACCAGUGUCCAUCGCAUAAAUCAGAAUGUGAUAUCAAACAAUGAGAAACAAGAAGGUCAGAAAUCCAGUCCCUCAGAAAACGAAUCGAGUUUUGACUCUGGGAAUGAUGCUAGAAAAAAGAAAUGUAAAUAUCAUUGUGAAUAUUGUAAUGAUUUCUUCAAACACAAAUCUAACCUAAAAGAGCACAUGGUGAAUGACCACAAGGACAUUGAGAACAAGCAGUUUAUAUUUUUCAAGUGUAAAUAUUGCACUUAUACUUCAACUAUGAAAGAUAUGAUAAUCAGUCAUUUAGAAAAAGAUCAUUCUGGCCAGGAUUUGAGGAUAUUGAGAAAAAUAGAAAAGGUAGAAAAUGGUAAUUAUGUAAAUGUCAAAGAAAACAAUGAUACAGGUAUAGCAGGAAAAGAGGGUCAAUCUUCAACAGAAGGCAAUGAUGAUCCGACAGCAAAUGCUCCAAUGGAGACAGAUGAGCAAGACAAGAUUGAGAUAGUUGUUCCAGAUGGUAAUAUAUUUAAACAGAUAUUUUCCUGCCCAAUUUGUUCGUUUACUACAAACAUGCGAUUAAAAGCUAUGAAACAUUUGAAGGAACACCCAGGUGUUAAACCAAUAAGACCAAAUCAGAAAAAGACUUCAACAAAGCCAACAGCUAGAAAGUCAAGCACUUCACUGUUUCCAAAAAAUGAUUUGACAAGAAAGAAAAACUCCUUAAUACAACAGUUACCCAUGUCUGCAAAACCUUUACAAAAUCCAUUUACAGCAGUGAAAGAGUCAGCUGUUGAGGAAAAUAUUUUAUCUGGAGAAUCAAAGGCAAUGCUUAAUAGUCCUUCCAAAGAUUCAUAUAUACUUGGAGAACAGAAACUGCAUGCUGCUCUUUCUGCAUGUUUCAUACCAUUUGAAAAAGACAUGAAAUAUCAGUGCCGAAUAUGUAAGCAGAAAAUUUUCAAAAGAUUUGUUUUACAUCGACAUAUACUUGAUCAUUUGAAGAUUGUGUUUUUCAAGUGUAGGUACUGUGAGGAAGGCAGUAUUGAAAGAACUCUAAUGGUUGGUCAUAUACAAAAAGUGCAUUCAUCAAAGAGCAUUCUGUAUGAUUCUGUUGAGGUAUCUGUCCUGGAACAGCAAUUCAAAGAAAGGAUUUUCCGCCAAGACUUUAAUGAUACUCUCAACCUAUCUGAUGUAUCAGGAACUCAGCAAAAUAGAACCGGUGACUUUAAGAAUAUAGUAAAGAAACCAGUCCAUGAGUAUCAGACAAUAGAUGACGAAUCAAAUGAUGAGGAAGAUGAAAAUUCUGAUAAAACAAAAAUUACUAAAGAAGAGUCAAGAGAAGUUGAAACUCGUAACAUUUUACAAUGUUUACAGUGUAGAUAUCUUGCCAGGACUAAACAUCAUUUGAAUUUACAUUUGGAUAGUCAUAAAGAUCCAAUGAAGAUAUAUACAUGCUCUGUAUGCGAUUAUAGGGGAGAUAAGUUUUCAGUUAUAAAACAUAUUUACAGUGUUCCUCAUCCUACUCAAGCAAAGGUCCUGGAAAAUGGAAAAUCUCUGUAUGAAAAGUUGACAAAUGAACCAGAGAAGGAGCAGAAGGAGCAAAUUAAGAGUGACAGUAGUAAACCAGAUAGCAAGUCCUCUAUAUUUAAUACCUCUAAAAAGGAUGAAGAAUGCAAGUCCUCUAUAUCUAGUACCUCUAAAAAGGAUGAAGAAGAAGAUGAACUUUCCAUGGAUAGUAAAUAUGUAAUCAAUAGCCAGGGAAAGCAAGUGAAGAAGGAUGCGUUGACAAUAACAAAGUCAGGGAUAUUUGAAAUGAAAACAUCGUUCAAAUGCAAAGAAUGCGGUGAAAAGCGUGAGAGUAAAAGUGGUAUGUACGCUCAUUUUAAAACAAAGUGUAACAAACCAGUGAUGAAGUGCUCUUUAUGUUCUUUCCAAAAUACUGUAAAGGCAGCUAUAUAUAGGCAUGCAUCGAAACGACACUCUGGUAAAAAGAUAACAGUUUUAAAUCUACCUAUGUCUGCGAAAUUCAAAUUGAUUAAAAUACCAGUCAGACAAGACAAAGGGAUGUUGAAGCAUUUGCCGUCGUCGUCUAGUUUUGAUUCUGCUGAAUCGUUGUCUGAAGCUUUGUCGGAUGCUAAUGAAGCAGAUGGAUCAGACGAGGAACAAAUUAGAUGUCAGUUGUGCGCGUCAUAUUCAUGCGAGUCGGCCAUGAAGUUGCAGUUUCAUAUUAAUACAACCCAUCAAGGUACAAUGUUGUACUGCAAGGAGUGUUCCUAUAAAACACCAUUAGUGAGACACAUGAUGAACCAUUGUCAAAAUUUGCAUCUACAGAAAGUUGCUCGAUAUGCAAAAGAGCCAGUGAAAAAGACUGUCCCCAAUAUAAUUAAACAAGAAAAGGUAUCAAAACCAGUGAAUAUUAUCUCCGAUGAUCAAGUGGUUAUGGCCAAAUGUCCAAAAUGUGACAAGAAAUUUACAUCAGUGACUACUAUUCUGAAACAUCUGUACAUCCAUUUUAACUACAAACCAUUUUAUUGCAAGUAUUGUGAUAGUAAAUUUUCAAGAGAAGACCAUUGUAAACUUCACGUAAAAGCAGUGCAUGCUGAUAAACCUGAGCAAUAUGACAUGAAAACAGAUGAAGCUACAGAACAGAAAAUAAAGAAACUUUAUGAAAGUGCCAAAAGAAGUACAAUAAAGCAAAAGAUGAUGCUUGGAAAAUUUAGACCAGCAAAAUUAAACAAAAUGGAGCUGAUAGAGGAAGGCAUUCGACGGAAAGAUAAGCUGUUUUACUGUGACUUUUGUCAGUACAGUUCUGACAGAAAAGCAACUAUAAGGAAACAUGUAUCUGCAGUACAUGCUGGUAUCAGUAAAAAACGGCCUCUGGUGAUUGAUAGUGAUACAGAACUGCCUGCUAAAAAGUUUGCUAAAAAAACAGAUGGUGACACUUAUGAUACCAGUAUUGAUGAAGAAGAAGAAGAUGAUGAAAUUGAGAAAGAAGAGGAACUGCAGCCAUUGAAAUACAAAGUUGUCAAGACGCCAACUGGAAGCAAAAAGUUUAAAUGCACCAGUUGUGAUUAUAUGAAUCCUAAGAAAAAAAAUCUAAAGCUUCAUGUGGCCAGACACCAUAGUGUGAAGACGGAACCAGCAUUUAAGUGCUUAAGCUGUUCUUACACUUCAGCCAAUAGUUCCAAAAUGUACACCCAUUACAAAUGUCACCAUCCUACAAUGAAGACUGUCAAGUUUGUGAACAAAGCUGGAGAAGUUGUAACUCAAGAUAUGAAUGAAAGGUCGUCUCCAGGAAAGUUUUCAAGGUCAUCCUGUAGCCCUGCCAGAACAUACACAGAAUCUGGAUCUAGUGAUGCUUCACCAGUCAAGCCAGUCAAAACAAAGUUAAAUGGAGUGACCAGAUACAAUUGUAUAUAUUGUAGUUACUCUGGAAUAGGACUAUUCCAUUUCCGACUGCAUUUAGUUAUGCAUGAAGAGUUCACAGAAUUAACCACCGAGUUGGAUGAUGAGUCUAAAAUGGCUUGUGGAUUUUGUACGUACCUAGGGAAAAAUACCUUUGACUUGAGUGUACACAUUGCCUCACACAUGGCAGAACAGCGUUACAAAUGUGUAUAUUGUGAUUAUACUCAGUUUUGUAUUUCAAAAAUUUCUCAGCAUUUGAAAAAAAGUCAUCCAGAUAGACAGGAAAUUGUCUUUGAUAGAGAAUUUCGGAAGGCAAGCAAUGGGAAGAUUCAAUUGGUGAAUUUAAAUCCAGAAGUAAAAAUAGACAACAUUGGUAGUGGUUCAAGGAAGAGAAAAUAUAAAAGGAUCAUGAUAGAAACAGAUGAAAGUUCCAAUAACUCAUCUUCAGACCGUGAAGAUGAUAAAAUAAAUUCUAAAAGUAAAGAAACACUAGACGAGUCAGGGAAAGCAAAGAGAGAUGUUAAGGACACACAGUUUGUAGAGGGUAAAGAUGGCAAUAGUAAAAAUGACAAAGAAAGGCUUCCAAAUGAAACUGGUGGUAUAAACGAUCAUUCAGUACAAUUAGGUAAAAUACAAAAUGAUAAAGAUGACGAUAAUGAGUCUGAUGAUGAUGAAUUGAUGAGUGCACCGUUUUACAAAGUCGAAUCACAGCCCUUUUCUCCAAGUGAUGUAAAUGAAUUAGAGUGUGAUGAAUUAAAUGAAAAUGAACCUGUAGAUGAUGUUGACAGUAAAAUAAAUGAUGUUGAAACAAAUAAAGGAGAAAAUGAGAGUGUUACGUUAAUGUUUGAAUCAAGAGAAACUGUUGAACAAAAAAGUGAAACAAGCAACUCUGUAAAUGAUUGCAAAGACAAUAAUAAAGACGACCUAAAUAAUUUGAUCUCAUCAGGUACAAAAGAAAAUGACAAGGAGCUUACUGAAUCACAAAAACCUGAACAGGUAAAACCUGUAUCUACAAAAGAACACAAAGAUGAUGAAUGUUCUUUACCAGAAUGUGAAUCUGAUGAACGAAAUUCUAAAAUUUCACCAAACAAGUCUGUGGAUGAAUUAAUCAGUAAUGAAAAUAAAUCGGCUGAAAAUGAUCAUGAUUCGGUUGAAAAUGAGGUGAAAGAAGGAAGUGGUAUUUGCCCAAACGUUGGCCAAAACAUAGAGCAAACCAUAACUACAAUUGAGCUUGGAGAUACUAGUAAAGGUGAUAAUGAUGACAUUAAGGAAGGAAAUACUUCUAAUGAAAAUGAUCAUGAUAGCGAGAAAAUGGAGUACAAAAAUGAAAAUGACUGUGACAAUGAAAAGAUAUGUGAAAAUAAUGAUUAUGACUCCUCUGAGCAGAAAAAUACAAGCGGAGAAGUUUUAGAAAACGAUACUGGUGCUAUUACUUCUGAUGAAGGUGACAAUAAAAGCAAGACAAAUGAAGAUAAAUUAUUUGGUGAUGAAAGUUUAUGCGAAAAUGAAAACUCUGGAAAAGAUGCUAAAUGUGAAGAAAAUAAAGUGAUAUGCUCAAGUACUAAUUCUAAUAAAACAUUAACAGAUGAAAAGGAAGUGCAAAAUGAGUUAAAUAAAUCGGAAAGGAAUGUGUUUGAAUCAAUUUCAGAUGUAAAGAAGUUUCAAUGUGAAGAGAUUAACGAAGACAGUGCUGACACAAAUAAACCAAAUGAUGUAAAUAGUGUAGAGAAUGAUGACUUGGAAACCACAGUGAAAGAAGUAGCAAAUGAGAAUGUUUUUGAGAAAUUUUCUUCUGAAAUGGAUCAUAUACAACCGUCAAAUAUUACACAGAAUGAAGAAAGCGAUGAAAAAUCACCAGAAGAGAAACAUGAUAAUAUUUUUGAAAAAUUCUCAAAUAAUACAGAAAGUAAAGUUGAAGAUUCUGAAAAUGAAGAGACUGCCGGUAAAUCUGAUGAUGAUACAGAUAAAAAUAUAUUUGAAUCAUUUGCCAAAGACACUGAUAAUAAACUGACUGAUGGUAUUGGUUCUAACAAUUUGCCAUCAGCAACUUUAGAUGGAGCAGAAGAGAAAAUUGACAAACCAGAACUGAAUAAAAGUAUGGAUAUUGAUGGUGAUAGUAAUAUAUUCACAAAAUUCUCAGCUGACAAUUUAGAAGUACCUGUUCCUGGUGUUUCUGAGAAUCAGCCAAAUUCACCUGUUCAUGAAAGUAACAUCUUUUCAAAAUUUGCAAACAGUGAAAGUAAAAUUGAAAGUAAAUCAGAUGAAGAAAAUGAUAAACUGGUUGAUAAUGACAAAAACCUUUUUGAAAAGUUUGCUAAAGAAAGUGGAAGUAAUGAACUAAGCUCAUCACUAGUUAGUAAAAAUGAAGGUAAUCAAUCUCUGAAAAAUUCAGAAGAGAAAUCGUUGGGAGAGGAAGAGAAAAAUGUGGAAGAUAUGGAAAUAGAUGAACUGAUAGACUCUAUAGAAAAGACAGUGAAUGAGGGUAAAUCACAACAGUCUGAAGUUGAGAAGUACGAUCAUGAAUUUGAGAAAGAUAAUUGUGAGAUGGAAAUAGACUAAAGUCAUAAAGUAUUGAAUUAAUAUUGAGAAAUAUUAUUUUAUUGAUAAAAAUUUAUAUGAGUAUAUCUCAGCAAAAGAGAAGAGAAAAAUAUUGAAUCAGUUUUUUUUUCUUGGAAUGUAAUGGUUUAUAGACAGAUGCUGCAUAUUUGAAGUAUUUUCUUAUGAGUUUUGUUGGUUUCCUGUUUUUUACUUGUCAUUUGAAAAACAAGUGAUAAAUAUGCCAGCUUAUAUGAUACUAGUGCUAUGAUGGGACAGAGUUAGCAGUUUCGUCAAAGAUUAUGUUGAGAAUUUUUUUGAUUUGGUCAGAUGAUACAUGAAAUUUUGUUAUGUGUAGUUUAAAAAAUUCUAUCACUGCAUGUUUCUUGUACAUAAAAUCAUGAUGCAAUACGGAUACUAUGAAAAGUGUAAUUAUAAAAUAUAAAUGUGCUAUUUUAUACAAAUAUUAUGACUUAUAUUAAGUUCUUUUGAAGAUUAGGAGACUAACGAUUCAUCUAUACAUAUUUUGUUUGAAGGAGAUCUAAAUAUUGUAAAUGUUGUAUAUUUACGUUUUACUCAAUUUAUAUAGUAUGCUUAAAACCAUGUUUUAGUUUAUUGUGAUAUCAACCAUGCACAGUUCAUUAUUGUUAAGGAAUAACAUAUGUUAUUCAGAACUUCUUCUUCACAAAAGCGUGAUUAACGCGUUACUAUCAACUUCCAAAGAAUCUCUAUUUUUGUGAUUCAUCAGUCUUCAUGUAAUAUGUUAGUUAAAUGUUGAUUAAGCAGCAAUAAUUUGAAAACUUGAAAUUGUUUUUGUUAGUAGAAAAUAUGUUAAUUUAUAAGUAAAGGGGUUGCACAAACCACCAUGGUUAGAUUCAUAUCCAGUAUUGUGUUCAUUUCAAAUUUAUGCCAGUAUUUUAUUGCUAGAUCUGUUUUCAUUUUGAAUGUUAACCAUGUUUCUACUAGAUUUCUGCUAGAUAAAUAUGGGACCAUAUGCUUUACAUAAAACCAUUUGAUCUAAAAUGAAUUUCAACCAAUAUAUAAAAGAAAACAUUUAAGUCAUGCUUGAAAAUUUCUUUUUUAAUGUAAAUUUGUAUUCUGUUACAGUUUUAGAACCUAGAAAAAGGAAAUAUUAAAAAAAACUCGAAAG